AGUGUCAGUGCUGCCAGUCCCUCACUGCCCCUUUGGAGACACCAUGUCCAACACCUCCUCCUGUUCCUCCUCGGGGGAAACCAGCCCUGAUGACACACCCCGAGGUGGGGGCACCAUUCGUGUCUACCUCCCCAACAAGCAGCGGACGGUGGUAAAUGUUCGGCCUGGGCAAACUGUCUAUGAUAGUCUAGAUAAAGCCCUGAAAGUCAGAGGCCUAAGCCAGGAUUGCUGUGCUGUCUUUCGCCUUCUUGAAGGCCGGAAGAGACUUACAGAAUGGGACACUGACAUCACACCCCUCGUAGGGGAAGAGCUUCUGGUAGAAGUGCUGGAUGAUGUUCCUCUUACCAUGCACAACUUCGUACGUAAAACAUUCUUUAAAUUAGCUUACUGUGACUUCUGCCACAAGUUCUUGUUCAACGGCUUCAGGUGUCAGACCUGUGGGUAUAAAUUUCACCAGCACUGCAGCAGUAAAGUCCCUACAGUAUGUGUGGAUAUGGACACCAUGACAAAACGGUGUGUUCCUAAUACAGUAGACUGCCCUUCGAUAUUGAUAUAUCCGGCCACCAAUUCCAUAUCACAGAGCGACAUUCCCUUAACUUCAGAUUCUCCUGGAGAGGAACUGCUGUCUACCCCAUCAAGCUUCCGUUUGAUCAUGCGAGGAGAGGACGGUCAGUCUCUCCAAAGGCAUCGCUCCACCUCAACCCCCAAUGUCCACAUGGUCAGCACGCUGGAGCCUGGCGCUGCUGGCCUCAUGGAGGAGUCAUUCAAAAUCAGCACAGUGGUGUUGUCCACAGGGCAAGAGUCCACUCCCAAGCCUUCCACUAGCCCACCCCACCUAGGGUCACCAGGAAGAAGACCCCCCAAAUCCCCUUCUGAGCCCAAGGAACGAAAACAAUCCUCAUCUGAUGAUAAAAAGAAAGUGCACCGGGGAGGUUACAGAGACUCCAGUUACUACUGGGAGGUGCACUCACGGGAGGUGUCCAUGUUAAAGAGGAUUGGAGCAGGUUCUUUUGGGACCGUCUAUAAAGGCAAGUGGCAUGGAGACGUGGCUAUCAAGAUUCUUAAAGUGACAGAGCCCACACCGGAGCAGCUCCAGGCCUUUAAAAAUGAGAUGCAGGUUUUACGAAAAACACGCCAUGUCAACAUUCUGCUGUUCAUGGGCUUCAUGACGAAGCCUAAUUUUGCCAUUAUCACGCAGUGGUGUGAAGGCAGCAGCCUCUACCGCCACUUGCAUGUUACUGAGACCAAGUUUGACACCAUGCGCCGUAUCGAUGUUGCUCGCCAAACUGCACAGGGCAUGGAUUAUCUUCAUGCCAAGAAUAUCAUUCAUCGGGACUUGAAAUCUAAUAAUAUCUUCCUGCACGAAGGCUGGACGGUAAAGAUCGGUGACUUUGGGCUGGCCACAGUAAAGUCUCGCUGGAGUGGCUCUCAGCAGGUUGAACAGCCCAGUGGCUCCAUCCUGUGGAUGGCCCCUGAGGUGAUCAGAAUGCAAGACACUAACCCAUACACCUUCCAGUCAGAUGUAUACGGAUAUGGAGUGGUGCUCUAUGAACUGAUGUCUGGGACUUUGCCUUAUUCGAAUAUCAACAACCGCGAUCAGAUUAUUUUCAUGGUGGGUCGUGGCUACUUGUCUCCAGACCUCAGUAAAUUAUACAGUAACUGUCCUAAAUCAAUGAAGAGGCUCAUCAUCGACUGUCUAAAAUUCAAACGCGAUGAACGGCCUCUCUUCCCCCAGAUCUUGGUGGGCAUCGAGCAGGUCCAGGAUCUGUUGCCAAAAAUCGAGCGGAGUGCCUCUGAGCCCUCUUUACACCGUGCUGUACACGCCGAGGACCUGAACCCGCUUCUCCUUCACACCACACGCCUCAUGCCUCUGUGAGACGAUCCGCUCCUCUCCCAGAGGCCGUGCAGGAUCAUUCCCAGCAUGGAGUUCCUCUCAUUAUUCCACACAUUCCUGAGAGCACCCUAAUUACUUCAUCGGUCACACAUAUAGUCAAACACAUUACAUUUAUCUACUCGUUCAUGCUCCCUCCCUCCUCUUUUCCAUUCCAGCUGCUCCUCCGUAAAGCUGCCUGUAGAGAAUGUCAGAUUCUUUCUGGACCAGCUGCUUUCUAAAACAGAAGCAGGAAAUAAACCUUGCUCUCUUACUACACUUAAUGGAUUUCCAAAUCCAAGCAUCAUAUCAGCAAUGUAUCGGCACAAUUUUAAUGACCUCCUUUUUUUUUGGUAUAUUUCAAAAUGUGUUAUGGUUGCUUACACAUGACCUUUUUUACUUUAAGAUGAAAUUAGCGUUUUACUUUAGAACAAGCAAACUAGCAUGGAGAUUUUCUUUUUUUUUCUCUUUCUCCCUGUUCUCCUUGCUUGAAAAUCAUUGGCCAGUGAUAGCACAAUGUUGAUGACUCUAUUCAUUUACAUCAGUCACAGAGACUCUCUGCUCACAGAUUGGUUCGCAGUCAGUUUAUGAUCAUAAACAUGAUCAUACUCCCAUUGCCGUUGUUUUGGCAUCUUUUUAAUUCCGUUAUUUUUUUAAAAUGGAAA